UUUGAUACCGUGAAGCUUUCCCCUUUAAUUAGCAGCCAAAACCCCACCUGGCCCUUCCCUCAGCCUCUCUGAGUGGCUGCUGUUGUAAGAUGUGUCUGUGUGGGAUGGGAAAUGUGAAUUAUCUCUGAGUGGAAGUGCAAUUGGUACAUACUCAUUGCCUACAGAAAUGGUGCCAGUUAUAUAACUAUCUCUAUGAGUAAUAAGGCAAAACUCUGUCAACUCUUCUGCAGGAGAUUUCUGAAGGUUGCGUGCUUCUGGCUGAUCCCGAGAACCCUGUGUUGUGCAAACGAGCUGAUGGACGAAGAUGAGAAGGACAGGGCAAAGAGGGCGUCACGCAACAAAUCUGAAAAGAAAAGGAGAGACCAGUUCAAUGUCCUCAUUAAAGAGCUCUGCACGAUGCUGCAGGGCCACGGCCACCCUCUCAAGAUGGACAAGUCCACGAUACUGCAGCGGACCAUCGACUUCUUGCAGAAACAGAAAGAAAUCACAGCACAGACAGAGGCCUGUGAGAUCAGACAGGACUGGAAGCCUUCAUUUCUUAGCAAUGAGGAGUUCACCCAGUUGAUGUUAGAGGCUUUAGACGGAUUCCUCAUUGCACUUACCACUGAUGGGAUUAUUAUUUAUGUAUCUGAUAGUGUCUCUUCCCUUCUUGGGCAUGUACCGUCAGAUUUGGUGGACCAAAAUAUAUUAAACUUUCUGCCUGAGCGGGAACAGAGCGACGUAUACAAGCUCCUUUCAUCCCACGUGCUCAUGACGGAUCCCGUAGCAACUGACUUUCUCCACGCUGAAAAACAAAUAGAGUUCUGCUGCCAUUUAGCAAGAGGCAGCUUAGAUCCAAACGAGCCCCUCACGUACGAAUAUGUGAAAUUUGUAGUGGAUUUUAAAUAUUUUACUCACGUGCCUACGCCCGCCUGUAAUGGCUUUGAGUCAGCUAUUGCACGAGCAUUCAGGUCAGCUACGGAGGAGCAGAUUUGCCUCGUCGCGACUGUUCGUCUCGUCACCCCGCAGUUCUUAAAGGAGCUCUGCAACACCGAAGAGCCGUGUGAAGAAUUCACAUCAAGACAUAGCCUGGAGUGGAAAUUUUUAUCCUUGGACCAUAGGGCUCCACCUAUUAUAGGCUACUUACCUUUUGAGGUCCUGGGAACAUCGGGUUAUGAUUAUUACCACGCCGAUGACCUGGAGCUGCUUGCUAGGUGCCAUGAACACUUGAUGCAAUUUGGGAAAGGAAAGUCCUGUUACUACAGAUUCUUGACCAAAGGCCAGCAGUGGAUAUGGCUGCAGACGCACUAUUACAUCACUUACCACCAGUGGAACUCCAAACCCGAGUUCAUUGUUUGCACUCACCUUGUAGUUAGUUAUGCAGAGGUUCGGGCUCAAAGAAGGCGAGACCUUGGCCUUGAGGAGUCAUCAAUUGAGCUGGCAUCAUCUUCUUUGAAGAGUCACAAGAGCUACGUGGACAUCAGGCAGUGUGGAAACAGCCAGGAAACCAGCAGGGAAAGAGUGUCUGUGUCGUCCCACAGCUCCCGCAGAUCUUCGCACACGGCCCUCUCCGACUCUGCAUCCACAUCAUCCAUGCGACACACAGAUGCCAGCACUCCCACCAGGCAGUCGGUGUCUCUGGGGCAGCCAGAGAAGACCUCCCUGAGGCUGGCCUCAACUGGGAGCACCCAGGCGAUCGUAACUCCUCAGGCCCCCGCCGAACAUUUGACUCAGCAUCCGAUGGCCCAGCCAGCGAUGCCCGCUCAGCAAGCCGCGAUGCCCGCUCAGCAAGCCGCGAUGCCCGUGUACCACUUCCCGGCGCAGCUGGGGAUGAUGCAUCAGCUGAAGGAGCAGCUGGAAGAGCGGACGCGCAUUUUGCAAGCAGACAUCAAGACGCAGCAGGAGGAGCUGCACGUCAUCAAGGAGCAGCUCCAGCUGGUGCAGGAUUCCAAUCUGCAGAUGUUGAUGCAGCAGCCCAUGCCCUUGGUGUUCAACAACGCGCAGCAGCCGAGCCCACGGAGGGCAGCUCAGCAGCAGCAGACGGGGGCAGCUAGGCAAGCCGUGGCCAAGAAGCCUCAACAGCAAGGCCCGGGGGGCUCGAAACGCUACUGCAGCUCUCACUUACCGUCACCGCGGCACUUCCUCAGGGAACCUUGUGUCACCUCUUCCCAGGUGCAACAGCAGCAGCAGCAGCAACAACAGCAGCAGCAGCAGCAACAGCAACAGCAGCAGCGGCAACAACAGCAGCAGCGGCAACAACAGCAGCAGCAGCAGCACAUAAUAAGAGGAAAUCAGACACAGCCAACCUGCCUGCCAGUGCAAACCAGCAUUUCCGUGCCCCUCUACAACAACCCCAUGGCAUUCUCUCAGACUCAUCCCAUCACUACUCCCACUCAGAUGCCAGCUGAAAUUAGUGACAGGCAGCCACAGUCUGACUAUGGCCAAGAUAGGAGCCUAAGGAUGUUGCUGGAUCAGCCUAUCCAAGCCAUGAUGCCCAGUGCUAAUGGGACUAGUCAGUCAGGGCAGAACAACGCUGGGAGACAACAAGGGAAGUUUGUUCCUGAGCAGCAGAUGCUGCCUCCCCAGUUACAAAUGCCACCGGUUACGUGUAGCACAGUCAGAGCUCCUGGCCCGUCGCCUGUGUUUUCCCCUUCCGUGAUGAUCCCGCAUACGAACUUCGCCUCCCACCAGACGCAUCCCCCUGUUCACCUCCCCCAGUGGCCACAGCAGCAAGUCCAACAGCAUCAUCUCUACCUGCAGAUGCAGACUCCCGAAUCAGUCCAGGGGAGUCAAGGUCAGCGCAUUUUCCAGUCAUCUCACCUCCCCCAGCAGAACAGCAUGGGCUACUUCCUCCAUCCUCAGCAACAAGCCUGCCACGCAGAGGGUCAGCCCUGCAACCUGCAAGACCUGCCUGAAAUGCAGCUGCCGUGAAAGCCAGGCGGUGAAGAGGAGAGGAUGAUGUUGGGCGCAGCAGCUGCACUGGGCACAAGCGAGGGGAAGGACAGCGCUAGCUAAGGAGAGGAGGCCUUCCUCAUUUGCCCAAGGGGUGAGGUUCAGCCCGGAGGGAAGCGUGGCAGCCUGAGCCAGGGGCCCGGCAGGCGGGCUGUAAGAGCGUCUUGUUGAUCAGCAUUUUCACGUAGUCAGUUCAGUGCUCGCUGGUGCACAGCAGCACUUCCAGCAGCCACAGAAAAGUGCGGAUCUGUUAAACAGCAGGACAGAAGACUCGAAACUGUGAGUAGCCUGAACUCCCGCAGCUUGUCUUGUAGAGACGGGUUAAUACUUAAAGUGCUAAAAGCAUUGGGAGGACUCAACGAGUAGGGUGUGGAGCUCCUGCCCGCCAAACCUAACGGACAAAAGCGGGUACACACUUGAUCACCCAAAGGAUUUGCUUAGGGAGGAGAACAGCCACAAGCAAAAACAGUCAGAGUGGGUGUUAGUGGCAGGUACGAAGCCAUAGGUGCACAGCGUGGCAAUGCACGUGAGCUGAAAGAUGGCUUUCUAGCUGCAGGUGUGUUUUAUCAGGUCACCACAAUGGUCACUUUGCAACUGAGAACACCUUUUCAAUUCAUAGCAUCGAUGCUCCGUUUAAGUAUUGCUGGAAGUCACUGUGAAUUGAAGACCAGCGUUUGGAAAACGCGCGCGCGUGCACACACACUGUAACAACUUGCAGGAUACCACUCACUCACCAUGUACAUAAUUCGUUUUGCUGUCAUACUUCAACAGUGGAUUUUAUUUCCCUUCUUCCUAUACCUCAGCCCUGGUCCUUGUUUUUUUUUUAGAUGAUUGGAUAAUGCUGCUAAUUUAUGUGACACCACUUCUGCCUGAAUUUCUUACUGUUGUUAUACCAGCUCACAUCACACUUAGUAAGAGAAGUGCAUCAGGUUUAAUUCUGGGUGAGACAUGAAAAUAAAUGUCUAUGUUUCUAUUCCCUUUAGCCAAAUAAUUUUCAGGGUAUCAGCGAAGAAACUUUACAGGGUUUAUUUUUGUCCCCACCCCCGAUGGAUGUUGCUGUACACAUUUCCUUACACCUGGAAAAAAACAAAAACAAAACAAAUGACAGCAAACUUUGUGGUUUUGCUGGUUCGUGUUGCAGUUGGGCAAAGCUGACGUUUAUACUGACAAAGGCACAAAUGCGAGGUCGGGCCCAGAGGGAUAGCAAUAAAUUGUAUUUUUGUAAAUUGUCACUUUAUAACGAUAUGUUUAUAUUUAUGAACGGAAACAGAUGUGUAUUCCUCAGUGAGUAUAUAGCAGUGUCCCUACUGUUUGUGUCUUUCCAAAGGAAAAUGAAUAUUUACGUGGUUGGAGGUUUUGGGUUUUUUUUUCCUAUAGUAGUUGAAUGCUAGAGCUGGGUGCAGUUAGAUUCCCAUCUUCAAAAGAGAGGGAGCGUUUAUGCCCUUAAUGCACCUAUUUUGGGAUAACCCGUGGGACCUCCCUUAAAGGAAGGAAACAUGAUGGUAUUGUGUGCCUGAUUUGCACAGUAAUGAUGAAUGUUAUGGCUUGGGGGGGUGGAAUAAAGCUGUGGGCAAGGUGAUUUGCCCUCCCGUGGCUGAGCUGUUCUACUGCGGCUCUUUUGUAGCAAGUCUCAGCAUCCAGGCUGGCUGCCAGCCUCUAGGCAUGACGAUGAUGUGGACUGGAGCGUGGGCUAGGUCUAGAGCCACCUGAGUGUGCCUCAGCACUGGGCUCAACGCUGUUUGCUGUGGGGCAGAUGGGGCUUUGGGGCGUCUCACCUCUCAGUGCUGAAAGAGCAGGGGCCACAUCCACCUGCACAGACCCUGCAUGUGUGCUCUUCCCAUUGGCAUUGUCACUGGCCCAGGGCGAGCGGGACGUGCAGGCUUUCACAUUGCCCUUCAUCUGCUGGAUCAGGUCCCAAGGGGAGGGCGGGUCGACACUGAAAGGCUUUGCUUGAAGCCAGAUGCACCCACAAAGGGAGUCCAGCACCAUGGUAGGAGAGUGCUAAGCCAGGGAGCCAGCCCCAGGCCAGCUCUGCAUGAGCGACUGCUGCUCAGCCAUGCAUCCGGGCUGCACCGGUCACAGCGACACUUUAAAACUGUUCCAGGAGAAGGUCAGCUUGCAUUUUAGUCUUCAAGCCUGCCAGGGUGUUUGCCACCACCUCCUCACCCCUGAAACCCACCCCUACCCUUCAGCUACGCACACGGGACAGGCCAUGUGCCUGAGAGUCAGGCUGGGCAGCAUGCAGACACACACACACACACACACACACACACACGCAAAUUGCCCAUCAAGAAUGAUGGAGGAAGGGGGGG